AUGACAUUCCGUAUUCCUGCCAGAGUUAAUGGAAAAGAAUUAUCAUUGAAAUUGUUUAUUCUUUUGACAGGUGUACAGUGGGCGGAAAACAAAUAUCAUGCUUCAGUGGCUUUCUCGUUGAAUUCAGCAGCAGUUGUUUCUGAACCAGCUGUUAAUACUGUCAAUUCUGUCACAUCCCCACCAACUAAGAAGAAAGUUAAAAGUGCGCACAUGGUUUUGCAAACUGAAGAUGACCUACGCACAGGAAUGUACAAAGUAUUAGAACAUUUACGUGAUCAUGAAGAUGCUUGGCCAUUCCAUGACCCAGUUGAAGAAGAAUAUGCACCAAACUAUUAUGCUGUUAUUAGAAGACCCAUGCACAUAACUAGGAUGGAAGAGCGUUUAGAUGGCGGUUACUAUACAAACCUUGCAAUGUUUGAAGGAGACUUCAAGCUUAUGAUGGACAAUUGCAAGCUCUAUAAUGGACCUGAAAGUGGUGAGUAUAUGGCUAAAGCUAUUUUAACUGAUAAAGUGAAUGUAGGAUAA